CAAUCGUGUAUCAAUCGUGUGGAAAUCAGAAAUGGCAUUCGUGAAAUUCUUACUGAUCACAUGCCUGCUAGGGAUCGCCCUUCGGGAGAUCCACGGACACGGAAUGAUGAUGGAUCCUGUGAGCAGAAGCAGCGCAUGGAGGAAAGGAUACCCCGUUGAACCGAAUUACACUGACAACCAAUUGUUCUGCGGAGGAUACAACGUACAAUACAACCAAAACCACGGAAAAUGCGGCGAAUGCGGCGACGACUACGCAAUGCCCCGUCCCAGGCCCAACGAAAAUGGCGGCAUCUACGGACUCGGCAUCAGCGUUCGAAACUACACAGUGGGCCAAAUCGUGAACGUGAAAGUGAAACUGACCGCCAAUCAUUUGGGAACCUUUAGGUUCCACCUGUUAGAACUGCACAACAUACACCACGUAGAGACUGAGGAGGGCUUCGACGAGUAUCCUUUGAAACUAGCAGACGGUGGCUACGAAGUGCAGGUACCCAGCACGAAGAUGGACUUCGACAUUCCUGUUCGUCUGCCAGCCGAAUUGGUCUGCGAACACUGCGUCCUCAGAUGGACAUAUCGAGCUGGAAACAAUUGGGGAGAUUGCGACGACGGCACUUCCCGUUUGGGCUGUGGACCACAGGAAACCUUCAGGAACUGCGCCGACGUUUCUAUUUCUGUCUGAACGAACCGGUGAAUCCUAAACGACGAGCGAGGUAUAGUCGGUGGAAGCGAUGUAGCGAGAUCGCGAAUUAAAGAAUCAAGUCUGUCACCAAUGGCCGGAGUGCCUCAAAUAUUUAGACUAAUUAAAAUAAAAUAAAACUGGACAUUAUUUUGAAUUUAAAAAAAAUAAUAAUGUAAUGUUGUG